AAUCCCAGACCCUACUGGGAACAGAUCUCACAAGUUUAAUCAAAGACAUUUUUAUCAGUUAGUUUCUUAUUUAAAUAACAUUAUGCAAUCCUCACACAGGAAAAUAUUUACCUUCACACUUUCAAUUUUUGUGGUCAUUUUAACCCUCGGAUUAUCAAAAGGAUCUUUUAAUCAGGAAUCCCAAACCAUCCAAAUUCUGAGCCAUCCCUUAUUAACAUUAGCAGAAGCACACGAUUACGAUGUUUCCACGUGCAAACCCGUAAUUUACAACGCUCCAGGUGGAUACGUUAAUGGGAUAAAGAAUAGGGGAAUCUGUGUAAAUAUUUAUCCAGCUGAUAAUUGUACCGGUUGGUUUACUCGGUUAACCUACGGAGAACAUUCUGGCGCUUAUCUGCCUCAAACUUAUCGUUGGGACGGGGAGGACUUGAUGAACCGAACAUUGCAAAUUGCCUCUGUUGGACCUUGCUUUGAUAAAUGUGACGCCCGAAAUUGGCAGGACGAUCGGAGAGAAGCGGUCAAGGUCACGUUAUAUGAUGACUAUGGAUUCCAAGGUAACGCCACCAAUAUCAAUGUAGACAGCGACGAGUGUAUCUUAAUCCCACCACCGAGCGGCCGCUUGCUCUCCAUGAAGAUAAGUGGAGAUCGCAAUUGUUGUAUCGAACUCCAUUCUGCGCCCAACUGUGGCGAAGAGUUCACCCAGUUUCGCCCAGAUUAUCCGGAACUGCGCACAAUGUACUUUUGGAAUUUGGGUGCCAAGGAUACCUACGCCGCACAUGCAAGAGCGGUAUCAAGGUGUGGACAAUUCUGUGAUAAAUCUGUUCCUGAAAUCAACCCAGAGAGUGGAACGAGUCCUGGAAAAAAAGUUGUAACAUUUUAUUCUCAUCCCGGAUAUUACGGCCACUCCCUAAAUCUAGAUGUCACCAAUGGCUGCGUAACAUUUGAAAACGAGAAGACCUACCUGUCAGUCCGAACCUAUGGACAGUGCGUCAUUCUCUACGAAGAAGAGAAUUGUAAAGAAAAACAGGGUUCUUAUUCCCUACAAUCGGAAGGAAAACCAAGGGAAUAUUUUAUCCAAAAACUUCUCUCUCAGACGGUUCCAAUCUAUCCGAAAUCCAUCCAACUAUGUCCUGAGGGGACCGGCCUUGGCGACAUUUCCUUCACGAUACCUAUAUUGACCUUAAUUUUGUUAUGUAUCGUGGCCUUCUUGCUUCUCGUUUUUACCGCAAUCCUGGCAGCGUUUGUUUCUAAACGGUGUCAAAGUAGUGGAUAUAGAAGAAAUGAAGCGCUUAGUGUAGCGUGUAAAUCGGAAUCUUGAGAUUUGCUGUAUUUUGACUUAACAAUUAAUUAAUUAAAGCAUUUCCCUGCCUAGUAUGUACAAAUAAUUCGUAAAUAUAAAUUUAUCCCUCAGGGGUGCAAUCCACCCUUGAGAUAAUUCAUUAAGAAUGCAAUUAUUAGUGGAAGAUUUGUAGUUCUACCUGGAGUUAGAUAUGUAAGUUUAUUAUUCACAGAUAGUAAACUAAAUUUUCAACUAAAAUUAGUACGUAAGUAAAGUUAGUAAAUUUUGACUUUCGAAAGGUUACGGAAACAGAACUGAAGCAGAUAUUUCAUUUUACAUGUCAUUUGCUGGUAUGAAACUUGAGUUGAAAAAUAACCAUUAAUGACCUGUCGUGGGCAGAGCAAGGCUACACUGAACUUUUUUUGCAUACAUUGAUCUUCAUUAUUCACAUAUUUGUAAUACACAAUUUAUUAUGUGCACUCAAUUCUGUAAGUAUUUAUUUAUUUAUAAGUAAUCUCUUACUGCUACAUACACCCUCUUUAACUACUCACUUCUCCAAAUCUCACUCCCGCUACAAAACUCAUCCACGCCGGGUAAACUGCCUCCCAAAAAAGGUGGAAGAUUUCAAACAUCAAACCUCUCCCGAAAUAUCGCCAUCCAUUCUGUAGAAUCCGUUCCAAAUACAAACAUAUUUUCCAACGUCUCCUUUUCGCAGAAUGCUUUGUACAGCUUCACCAACAAUUCAUAACUCCUCGAGGCAUUAAUUACAAAAACUUUUCCUUGUCCAGGAUAAUUCGCCUCUGUAAGUUUCCCUUGCCUGUUUAUGAAUCGAUGCAGGCUUCGAGAUAAUAAUUAUCGGUAGGAAUAACUGCAAAAAAAUUCAUAAUGUACACCCUUAAAAAUAAAAUAUUAGUGUCCCAUUUCAAGUUUAUGGUAAGCAGAAGCAGACAGGGGCGAAGGAUAGAAGGGUCCAAUAAUCAAGAAUGUCAAAAAAUUUAAACUUCGGCAUAAUUUAGGAAAUAUUAUUAGAAAAUUGUUCUUCCUAUAAAAUUUUUCGACAUCUUACCAAAACAUUUUGAAAAUUUUGAAAUCGAAAAAAAUCAUAGGAAAAACAAUUUUCUAAAUUAUGCACUCUAAAAAGACCUGUAGAAAACUUACUCAGGGUUGGGUAAAAUUGUGAUGGAAACAACAGUUGGGCAAAAUUUACUCAACAUUUAGUAAAAUUUAAACAACGUUUCGUAUUAAUUGGGCAACUUUUGGCAAAUUUUAACCAACUGUUGUUUCCAUCACCAACUUACCCAACCUUGAGUAAAUUUGUAAAUUAAUAAAGUUUUUCAGAGUGUGCCGAAGUUUCCAUUUUUUUACUUUCUUCAUAAUUCUACACACAAAAAAAGAGUAAUAAUCAUUACUAUUUGGAAUGACUAUGGUGCUCUACAACGUCGGGUAAAGUUUAUCACAAAAAUUGUAAUAAUAAAUUCUACGAAAUUCAAAAAGAUUUCAAAAUUUUAAACGGCUCUGAAAAGCUUAGACGAGGGUGAAAAUUUUAUAAUUUCCGGAUUUUAAAAUUUGACCUCACCCCCAACACAAUGUGUGGUAUGAAUAAAGUAUACGAAAAUGAAUUCUGACAAAAACAUUAAAAAGAG